GUCCAAUUCCUAUCACUUUCUCGGUUCAUUUUACGACGUUGUUUGUAUAGUUUUUCUGAAAUUUUUGGAAGCUGGCGAGUUUUAUUUAUUUACGUGUUACGUGGUUAUUGUGUAUUAUUAUUUAUUUAUAUUAGAAGUGAAUUUAAAAUUAGAUAAGUCAUUAUUUUAUUAAGUUGUUUUUUGUUUUAUCAAAAUGUCUAGUUGUGCCGUGGCUACAUGUAAAAACUACAGUCGAGUUACAAAAGGAACCAAUAUAAAAUAUUUUAGAUUUCCUAAAGACAGAAAUUUUCCAAAACAGUGGGCUAAUGCUUGCCAUAAAGAAGAUGAAAUAAACUUUAAAAAUGCACGAAUAUGUUCAGUCCAUUUUAAAGAAGACUGCUUUGAAAUACCUCUGAGAGAAAAGCUAUUAAAUUACACUCCCAAAAAUGCACACCAUUUAAAGUCCAAUUCCGUGCCAACAUUACAUCUUCCUGGGAGUUUUAAGAGAUCUGCUACUAGUACUAAUAGGGAGAUGCGCAUGGUUAAACGAAAGCGACAAGAACAAAUUGAAGAUCUUCUAAAGGCAUCUACGAGCUCUACAACUGUUUGUGAACUAGAGAGUGAAGUUCAAAACAUAGCUGGAAAUAAUAUUAAUAUGAACACAUCUGAUGAACCUGAUCAUAAUAUUCAAUUGAAGCAAUCCACAAUUAUUGAGUCGAUGGAAACAAAAAUAAUUCAGCUUGAAGAGAAAAUUAGAGUACUAGAAGUUCAGAAUAAUGAGUUAGAAAAAAAUAUCCAUGAAACAGUAAAGAACUACGAAGAAAUAUUGUCAAAGGUGUUCACUUAGGGACAAAUAAAAAAACUAAAAAAUGUUGGAGGUGAUAAGCGAGUGUAUUGGUCUGCAGAAGACAUAGCAUCGGCUAUAUCCUUACGCAAUGUCAGCCCUAAGGCAUAUAGAUACUUAAAAGCCAACAAUUUUCCAUUACCAGCAUUAUCAACUUUAGGGAACUGGGUUACAGAUAUUAAUGUUGACCAGAGUUGUUUAAAGAGUGUUAUUACAGUUAUGAAAAAAAAGGCAGCAGAUUUAAAGCUUGUUAGACAGUUAUGAUAAGGGGGCUAUUUUCCAAUUGGAAGCAGCCUAUAUACUAUAAUUUUGAUCAGCGAAUGACUAAAGAUAUCCUCAACAAUAUAAUUUUUCAAUUAUAUGAGUCACAUUUUAGAGUGGUAGCAAUUACAAGUGAUAUGGGCACAGGAAACAUGUCCCUAUGGAAAGAAUUAAAUGUCGGACAUAAAAAAAAUUGCUUUUUUCAUCAUCCCUGCGAUGCCUAAAAACAGCAAUUGGAAGUAUGUCUCAGAUAUUGUAAAAUUAUUUAAUGACGGGUUUGAUUUAAUGAAUUCACGCUCUAAAUUUACAGCUAAUUCUCCUGCUAGAAACGCUUACGGUACCGAUAUAAAAAAUCAAACCGAUUUACUUUUAAAAAUGUCAGAGUUUAUUAAGUCCUUAAGAGUAGGUAAACACAAGUCAAUUAUUCAAUUCCAAAAAGGCAUAUUACUUUCAAAUAGCUCCCUUGUACAAAUGUAUGAUUACCUUAAAAAUAAAUAUAAUAUCGAAUAUAUUGUAACUUCUCGCUUAAAUCAAGAUGUUCUCGAGAAUUUCUUCUCUUAUAUUAGAGGAAUGGGGGGUCGAAAUGAUCAUCCGUCUCCUUUAGAUUUAAAAUAUCGACUUAGAUGGUAUAUUCUCGGGAAAAACUCCGCAGCAAUAUUUACUGAAAACAGAAACACCAUUGAACAAGAAGAAGCCACUGCAUAUGAAGUGAAUAAUAGAAAUGAAGACUUUUGCUUAACACAGAAGGUGUUUUCAGUUUUGGUUGGAAAGUAGGACGAGCCAGUGAAUAAGACUAACAACCUACGGGACGACCUGGAACCAUUUAUUUCAGUCAUUCACCGUACCUUUAUAUCUUGAAGAAGAAGAAUCAGCUGAGAGUGAAAUGAUAUCACUAUUAGAUAACUUUGAAGUUAAAGAAAAGAUUCAUAACGAAUCUUUAAAAUACAUUGCUGGUUUUGUAGCUUAUAAAUUUAAAAACAAAUUUAAUUUGGGUGAGCCCACAAGACAUUUUUUAAAUGUGGACGAGAUACCAGAUUGGCUGCAGGUAAUCUCUAGGAGGUCACUAUUUACUCCAAAUAAUGAGCUAUGGGAGCUAGCUCAAAAAAUGAAACUAGAGUUUUUUCAAAUGCAUGGGACAUCUCUUUCUAAGGAAAAACAUAUAUUUAAAGAGCUGGCAGAACGGACAUUGUCUAAAGUGAAUACAAGUAUUCCACUUGAGGUAGUAUUAUGUCUCAGUCGAACUAGGACAUAUAUAAGACUGAGAGACCUAACCCGAAAAAUAAGUUUCAAAAACUCUCAAAGGAAACUAGAUAAAAAAAAGUUUAAAAUUACAAAUUUAAAAAAAUAAUAUACUUAACUAUUUAGUUGUAUUUGUACUUUUUUUAUUUUUAGGUUUAAAUGUUUUCUGUUGGUAUUUUGUUAUUAGGUAUAGAGAUUGUAACUUAAAUCGAAAAUCUGAUCACCUCUAAAUAAAUAUUAUGCUUUAAAAAUUGAA